AUGUGUUGUGUUCCACUGUGGCCGCCGUUUGUUGGGCAGUUGCACGCUCGCGUCGCCACACUGGCCGCCUCCCUGUCACGUCAACAACUGCUGUGCGGGGCACACCAGGACAGGCUAACACGGAGCUCGGACGUAGUUUUUGGGAGGAGGCAGAGCAGGUCUUGGUCAAACAUGGCUUCCAACGAGGUGAAGGGGGUGCUGACGCUUCAAAAUUCUGGGCUUUCUUUGACAGUAAUCGUGCCUCUGACCCAGUACCGGCAGAGUACAGGGAGUUGGAUUACCGACCUCUGGGGUUGUUUUAUCCUGGGCUUCAUGGUCACCAUAAAGACGGCAUUGCCGCCCCACUUCCAUUCAUAUCACCUGAGUUGUACGACGGCCUUCCCGACAUGUUGA